GGAGGUUGAUCAAAUCAUCAUCAAAAUAUGCAGGCUUUCGUUUCGUUCAAAAAGGAUACGUAUCCUAGGCUUAAAUAAAAAUCCCUCCCACCACCGGCUGGUUACAAACGCUCUCGCUACUGGGAAAGGUUUUGCUGGUCAAAACUCGUCGUCUCCACGAUGCAUAUAACUUCUUUAAAGCUCUACUUGACCCUCUUGCUGGGUUUUACGUCCCUUACAUGGACUAUCGCCCUACCUGUGGAUUCUGGUUCUACUAAGAACGUCGCUUCUGCUAAUUCGGGCUCGUCAUCGUCUGGGAAUCUGAACUACACAAUUUCCAACGCAAACCCCUUCUCUGCGGAUACGUUGUCGACCAAUCCCUGGAAGGCUACUGUCCAAUUUACGUCCAGGGACCAUGUUGAUGAAGAAAAGCUCAAGUUCUUCAAAGACGCCGUUCAGAUCAUUUUGGAUACAGCAUCCCCCCAUCUCACUGUUCAAGGGUUGACAGUCGAAGUCUCCACGUGGCGAGAUUAUCCAAAGGCCCACCUUUCCUCUUAUUACUUCUAUGUCCACUUCGAACAGGAUGGUCACCUUUUUUCAUUCGAAGGGACCAUUUCAGAUCAACCUGAUUUCAUAACAACAUGGCAAACUAAACGGGAAAUGUCCCUCAGUGGGAAACUACACGAUUUACAAUCCAAAGCAGAUAUUAUAUCUUUUCGGCAAGGGAGGUAUCAGCUUGGUGAAUGGAACCAGGAUAGAAUAGGAGAGGAGAUGGUCAGCGGUCCAAAUCCUAGCCUCAAAGCCAUUGUCAACUUCAUUGGCACUCGGGCCCCAGUGAUUUCCGACAGACACUUUCAAGAAUCAGCAGAACUUGCUGCUAUCGAGGUACUCAAUACUGCACCCAAGUACCUCCAAGGUGCUUCAACCAUCCGAGUAUCCCGUUGGGACGGAUAUCCAUCUCCCGAUUACGAUGGCUACUUCCAGUUCAACGUUCACUUCCAGUCAAAAGACUUGAAACUGACCACAGAGGCUGGCAAGCAUGAGUUAGAGAUUGUGGAUGGAAUUUAUAAAGGGAGAUGUAGUUUAGAUGAGAAAGGCCGAGUCACCGGGAGACUAAUUGACCCGAAAGGAAGGGAGGUUGUAUCAAUCGUAAGGGGAAAGAUCGGGCAGGCUGCGGAAACAAUUCAUAACCUGAAAGCAAACGCAGGAGUAGUCAGAAGGUCAUAAUUCGAUUUCGUGAUCUUGAAUACGUGGUUGCUCUUGGUGAAAAGGCAAAGAGCUCGAGGAUAUGAUAUUGGAUUGCGAGUAAUGUUUCAAGGAUAGGAGGAUAGCUUAUGACAGGGUCAACAUCGUCGUUGUUGUAUAUUAACUGCACUUCGUUGCUUCUCAUGGAUGCUUCUAAUUCUGUGAUAUAAAUAUAUUCCUUCUUUUGUCAUGAAUUUUCAUAAAUCUGAUAGACUGCACUUAUCAUUUUCGGUGACGGGU